AUGAAGAUGCUGAAUUUUCUCGUACACUAUGUUUUAUUUGCACUGUUACAGUUUGAAGGUAAAUAUUAUUUGUAUCUAUAUGUGUUUCUGCCCUCUCGGCCUGUUUAUUUUGUUGGAUUACUUCUUGCAGGAUUGGAUGUUUCAUUAGCUUACAACGUGGAGGUUACACCAAAGAAUACGUUCAAUUCCACUCCUGGAGACCUCUUUGGUUACAGAGUGAAACAGUUUAAUUCAUCAAAAGGAGAGAGGUGAGCUGUGUGUGUAUGUGUGCACAAUCUGUGUGUGUUAUAUGAGCUAUGUGGGUGUGUGUGUGUAUGUGUGAGCUACUGUAUGUAUGUGUGUGAACUAUGCGUAUGUGUGUGUGAGCUCUAUGUAUGUGUGUGAGCUAUGUGUGUGUGUGAGCUAUGCGUAUUUGUGUGUGUGUGAGCUCUAUGUAUGUGUGUGAGCUAUGUGUGUGUGAGCUACUGUGUGUGAGCUAUGGAUAGUGUGUGUGUGUGGAUGUCACGGAGCAAGAGUGUUGUGUGAGAAGAAUAGAAACAUAGGAAUGAACCAUGAGUUAUGGGAAAGUUACACCAUUGAGGGGUUCUGGAGGUAACAUAAUACAACACAUGAGCCAGGGUGGACAUGUUUGCUUGAUUGCUUUUUAGAGGGUUAGAUCCUACACACAGUUGUACAGGUAAUUGGUAUCUGUGUGUGUUUUGCUAUUUUCUUAUCUUGUUUUAUUCCGACUCCUCAGGAUCAUAGUGGGAGACCCAGGGUCGGGACAACUGCACCUAUGUGACAUCACCAGAGAAUCAUGUGAUGUCAUCAAGCCUCCAAGUAACAAGCCCAGAAUGUUCAUUACUGCUCUCAGUCUGUGAUGUGAUGUUAAAACUGCUCUCAAUCUGUAUUCUGAUGUCACACUCUGUGUCUGUGAUAAGAUGUUACGCUUUGAUAUUUUGUCAUGCUGUUCUCAGUCUGUGAUGUGAUGUCACACUGCUCUCAUUCAGUGAUGUCACACUGUUCUCCGUCUGAUGUGAUGUCAUGCUGCUCUAAGUCUGUGUUGUGAUGCCACGCUGCUCUCAGUCUGUGUUGUGAUGUCACUAUGUUCUCUCUAUGAUGUCACACUUUUCUCAGUCUGUGAUGUGAUGUCAUGCUGCUCUCAGUCUGUGUUGUGAUGUCAUGCUGCUCUCAGUCUAUGUUGUGAUGUCACACUGCUCUCAGUCUGUGAUGUGAUGUCACACUGCUCUCAGUCUGUGUUGUGAUGUCACACUGCUCUCAGUCUGUGAUGUGAUGUCACACUGCUCUCAGUCUGUGAUGUGAUGUCAUGCUGCUCUCAGUCUGUGUUGUGAUGUCAUGCUGCUCUCAGUCUGUGAUGUGAUGUCACGCUGCUCUCAGUCUGUGUUGUGAUGUCACUAUGUUCUCUCUAUGAUGUCAUGCUGCCCUCAGUGGGAUGUCAGGGUGGGUUGCACCCUAUGGCACCCUCACACUGCUCUAUAUAUUUGUGUUUUGUGUCGCUGUAUAUUAAACCCUUUGUUUCUUCCACCACCGUACAGCCGAUUCUGCUCACUUUGGACUCACUUUGGAAGUCGAUCAACUUUCCAGAAAUUGCAUUGUGAGUAUUAAUCAUUAAAAGGUUUCCAACCUGCCUGUAUUUAUCCAAUGAUCAGAUUUUAUAUAUCAUACAUUAUACAAAGUCCAUCUCAGAAUCUCACACAUGGGAUCUGUCUCACUAUCUCCCACGCACGGGAUCUGUCUCACCAUCUCCCACGCACGGAAUCUGUCUCACUAUAUCACGCACGGGAUCUGUCUCACUAUCUCCCAUGCACGGGAUCUGUCUCACUAUCUCCCAUGCACAGAAUCUGUCUCACUAUCUCCCACACUAUCUCCCACGCACGGGAUCUGUCUCACUGUCUCCCACGCACGCGAUCUGUCUCACUAUCUCCCACGCACGCAAUCUGUCUCACUAUCUCCCACGCACGCAAUCUGUCUCACUAUAUCACGCACGCGAUCUGUCUCACCAUCUCCCACGCAGGGAUCUGUCUCACCAUCUCCCACGCACGGGAUCUGUCUCACUAUCUCCCACACACAGGAUCUGUCUCACUAUCUCCCACGCACGGGAUCUUUCUCACUAUCUCCCACGCACGGGAUCUGUCUCACUAUCUCCCACGCACGGGAUCUGUCUCACUAUCUCCCACGCACAGAAUCUGUCUCACUAUCUCCCACGCACAGAAUCUGUCUCACUCUCUCCCACGGAUCUGUCUCACUAUCUCCCACGCACAUCUGUCUCACUAUCUCCCACGCACGGAUCUGUCUCACUAUCUCCCACGCACGGGAUCUGUCUCACUAUCUCCCACGCACGGGAUCUGUCUCACUAUCUCCCACGCACGCGAUCUGUCUCACUGUCUCCCACGCACGGGAUCUGUCUCACUGUCUCCCACGCACGGGAUCUGUCUCACUGUCUCCCACGCACGGAAUCUGUCUCACUAUCUCCCACGCACGGGAUCUGUCUCACUAUCUCCCACGCACAGAAUCUGUCUCACUCUCUCCCAUGCACGGAAUCUGUCUCACUAUCUCUCACGCACGGGAUCUGUCUCACUAUCUCUCACACACGGGAUCUGAUAGACAUGACAAAGUAUUCAAGGGCUUGGCCUCCAAAUUCCCCAGAUCUAAAUUAGAUCGAGCAUCUGUGGGAUGUGUUGAAACAACAAACUUGAUCCAUGGUGGCCCCACCUCGCAACUUGCAGGACUUAGAGGAUCUGCUGCUAAUAUCUUCGUGACAGAUACCACAGGACACUUUCAGAGGUCUUGUGGCAUCCAUGUCUCGACAUAUCAGAGCUGUUUUGGCAGAAUGAGGGGAACCUGCAAUAUACAAAGUUCAUUCUGAUUUCACACUGAUCCCAGUCUGUGAUGUGAUGUCACUCUGCUCUCUGUGAAUGACAGUGUCUGUAUUUUCAUGUCUGUAUGACUGUCUCUGUAUGACCGUGUCUGUAUGACAGUGCCUGUAUGUCUCUGUAUGACCAUGUCUGUCUCUGUAUGACUGCCCCUGUAUGACCAUGUCUGCGUGUCUCUGUAUGUCUGUGUCUGUAUGACCGUGCCUGUAUGACCAUGCCUGUCUGUGUCUGUUUAACCAUGCCUGUCUGUCUCUGUAUGUCUGUGUCUGUAUGACAGUACCUGUAUGUCUCUGUAUGUCUGUCCCUGUAUGUCUCUGUAUGACCAUGUCUGUCUGUGUCUGUUUAACCAUGCCUGUCUGUCUCUGUAUGUCAGUGUCUGUAUGACUGUCCCUCUAUGUCUCUGUAUGACCAUGUCUGCCUGUCUCUUUAUGACUGUCCCUGUAUGUCUCUGUAUGACCAUGUCUGUGUCUGUAUGACUGUCCCUGUAUGUGUCUUUAUGACCAUGUCUGUCAGUCUCUGUAUGACCAUGUCUGUGUCUGUAUGACAGUACCUGUAUGUCUCUGUAUGACUGUCCCUGUAUGACCAUGUCUGUCUGUAUCUGUUUGACCAUGCCUGUCUGUCUCUGUAUGUCUGUGUCUGUAUGACAGUACCUGUAUGUCUCUGUAUGUCUGUCCCUGUAUGUCUCUGUAUGACCAUGUCUGUCUGUGUCUGUUUAACCAUGCCUGUCUGUCUCUGUAUGUCAGUGUCUGUAUGACUGUCCCUCUAUGUCUCUGUAUGACCAUGUCUGCCUGUCUCUUUAUGACUGUCCCUGUAUGUCUCUGUAUGACCAUGUCUGUGUCUGUAUGACUGUCCCUGUAUGUGUCUUUAUGACCAUGUCUGUCAGUCUCUGUAUGACCAUGUCUGUGUCUGUAUGACAGUACCUGUAUGACCAUGUCUGUCUGUAUCUGUUUGACCAUGCCUGUCUGUCUCUGUGUGUCUGUGUCUGUAUGACCAUGUCUGUGUCUGUAUGACUGUCCCUGUAUGUCUCUGUAUGACCAUGUCUGUCUCUGUAUGACUGUCCCUGUAUGUCUCUGUAUGACCAUGUCUGUCUCUGUAUGACUGUCCCUGUAUGUCUCUGUAUGACCAUGUCUAUGUCUGUAUGACUGUCCCUGUAUGUCUCUGUAUGACCAUGUCUGUCUCUGUAUGACUGUCCCUGUAUGUCUCUGUAUGACCAUGUCUGUCUCUGUAUGACUGUCCCUGUAUGUCUCUGUAUGACCAUGUCUGUCUCUGUAUGACUGUCCCUGUAUGUCUCUGUAUGUCCAUGUCUGUCUCUGUAUGACUGUCCCUGUAUGUCUCUGUAUGACCAUGUCUGUCUCUGUAUGACUGUCCUGUAUGUCUCUGUAUGACCAUGUCUGUCUCUUUAUGACUGUUCCUGUAUGUCUCUGUAUGACCAUGUCUGUCUCUGGAUGACUGUCCCUGUAUGUCUCUGUAUGACCAUGUCUGUCUCUGUAUGACUGUCCCUGUAUGUCUCUGUAUGACCAUGUCUGUCUCUGUAUGACUGUCCCUGUAUGUCUCUGUAUGACCAUGUCUGUCUCUGUAUGACUGUCCCUGUCUCUGUAUGACCAUGUCUGUCUGUCUCUGUAUGACCAUGUCUGUAUGACCUGUAUGUCUCUGUAUGACCAUGUCUGUCUCUGUAUGACUGUCCCUGUAUGUCUCUGUAUGACCAUGUCUGUCUCUGUAUGACUGUCCCUGUAUGUCUCUGUAUGACCAUGUCUGUCUCUGUAUGACUGUCCCUGUAUGUCUCUGUAUGACCAUGUCUGUCUCUGUAUGACUGUCCCUGUAUGUCUCUGUAUGACCAUGUCUGUCUCUGUAUGACUGUCCCUGUAUGUCUCUGUAUGACCAUGUCUGUCUCUGUAUGACUGUCCCUGUAUGUCUCUGUAUGACCAUGUCUGUCUCUGUAUGACUGUCCCUGUAUGUCUCUGUAUGACCAUGUCUGUCUCUGUAUGACUGUCCCUGUAUGUCUCUGUAUGACCAUGUCUGUCUCUGUAUGACUGUCCCUGUAUGUCUCUGUAUGACCAUGUCUGUCUCUGUAUGACUGUGCCUAUAUGUCUCUGUAUGACCAUGUCUGUCUCUGUAUGACUGUCCCUGUAUGUCUCUGUAUGACCAUGUCUGUCUCUGUAUGACUGUCCCUGUAUGUCUCUGUAUGACCAUGUCUGUCUCUGUAUGACUGUGCCUGUAUGUCUCUGUAUGACCAUGUCUGUCUCUGUAUGACUGUCCCUGUAUGUCUCUGUAUGACCAUGUCUGUCUCUGUAUGACUGUCCCUGUAUGUCUCUGUAUGACCAUGUCUGUCUCUGUAUGACUGUCCCUGUAUGUCUCUGUAUGACCAUGUCUGUCUCUGUAUGACUGUCCCUGUAUGUCUCUGUAUGACCAUGUCUGUCUCUGUAUGACUGUCCCUGUAUGUCUCUGUAUGACCAUGUCUGUCUCUGUAUGACUGUCCCUGUAUGUCUCUGUAUGACCAUGUCUGUCUCUGUAUGACUGUCCCUGUAUGUCUCUGUAUGACCAUGUCUGUCUCUGUAUGACUGUCCCUGUAUGUCUCUGUAUGACCAUGUCUGUCUCUUUAUGACUGUCCCUGUAUGUCUCUGUAUGACCAUGUCUGUCUCUGUAUGACUGUGCCUAUAUGUCUGUGUAUUGUAAAGGUAGAGAGUAUAUGCACACACUAUCCGGAUAGUUCUUCCAUCAGGAUGCCACAAACCCAAGAAAGAUUCAAGAGAAUAAUGUAGAUCAGGGCACACCUGGUGGUUUAUUCAGUAGGCAGCUGUAUUAUAAAGUGCAGAACAAAAACAAAGUUUAGGCUGAAACGUUGUUUUUGUUCUUCACUUUAUAACAAACCUGCCUACUGAAUAAACCACCAGGUGUGCCCUGAUCUACAUUGUUCUAUUGUAUAUGUCUGUGUAUGACUGUGUCUGUGUGUCUGUGUUUAACUGUGUCUGUAUGUCUGUGUAUGACUGUGUGUCUUUGUUUAACUGUGUCUAUGUCUGUGUAUGACUGUGUCUCUGUGUCUGAUUGUGUAUUACAAUCUCUGUAUGUCUGUAUCACUGUGUCUGCAUAUCACUGUAUGUCUGUGUAUGACAGUGUCAGUAUGUCUCUAUGUGUCUCUGUAUGACUCUUUUUCCGUAUCUGUAUGUCUCUAUGCGUGUCUGUAUGACUGUGUCUGUAUGACAGUGUGCCUGUAUUACUGUGUCUGUUUGGUUAUGUGCCUUUUAGGUGUCACAGUAUCAUUGUGACUGUGUACCUGAAUAACUAUGUCUGUGUGCCUUUAUGGUUGUGUGUCUGUGUGUUUUUGCUUUGUGCAUGUAUGUCUUUGCCUGUGUAUCUUUGAUACACAGUCUGUAUGGCUGGGGAGGAAAAAGACACACAAAGGGACUGAGGGAGAAGAGACACAGAUAAGCAUAUAAGCAAGGUAUUAGACCAUUUUUAAUUUUCUAUAUUUUGUCUGCUGUGUGUGUCCUCAGUUGUAUUUGUGCAGCGAAUAAAAGGUAGUUUUUCGAGCUUAGGAUGGUUAAAAAAUAAAUACAUUUAAAAAUGCAUAUAUUUUUGCUUUAAUGCCUUAAUCAUAUGCAUUGAAAUAUAAAUUUUAUUAAACAGUGUUUCACUUAAUAUCGGCAUUCCUGAAACAAAGAAAUCUCUUGUUCUUCAAUAAUUAAAUUUUUUAUAAAAGUCUUUGUAACGGAGCUCCCUGUACUCCAGCUGGGUACCUCCGCCAAAGGACCGCUUCCUAGCUGGAACAGGGGACAAACCGCAGCACUUCUGCCACACUCGCCGUGGCUUGACUAGGGUCCUGGAACCGCUCCCUCCUGGUGCCGAAUGGGGAAUCCGCUCUAGACACCCCCAGGCACUGGACAACACUCAGUCCUAGGAGCUCUAGUCCUUACAAGGACUUUCCCCAUUGAAUCCUACAUGCUGGAACAAGCUGGAACAGUGAUUAGCCCUUUCCCCUCCCAGUAACCAGACGACACAAAGUUCUGGGAGUACAAGGUGGAAUCCUUUAAUGGCAGCCACAGACCCCCACAAAUGUUACAUGCCCUGAUAGCCCUGAUCUGGGUGACCAACAUAUUCAAAAAUCACCCGGAUCAUUUCAGGGGUUCAAGAAUUUCCUUGAAGUCAUAAUUUGACCACAUGGUCCCCUGCCGAAAAUAGUUCCAUGGAAUCGCUGCUAAGUGCCACUGGGGACGGACCGCAAAGUCUUCAUGACAAAAAUAGUUCCAGGGCUUUCGUGGCUAAGUCCACCUGAAGUUUAUUUGCGGUUUUGAGCGAUGCGAACGGCUUCCAGGGAGCUAGCGUUCGGUUCUAUGUGUACGAAUGGUAAGUGCCGAACCAGGGGAAAUAAAAGAUUGGUCUUUACAGUCGCUGACCUGCCCAUAGUCGGUGGGCAGGGGACUGGCAAGCAGGCACCUCCAGUAGCUCGUGGCAAACUCACGAGGACAGGGGAGUUUGUCACAGUCUUCUUUUUAUAAUCUUGCUCAAGACAGCUUUAUUGAGGACGUACUGCAUACAUUACUAAAGUUUUAUUAUACAACAUAUCUGUUGCCAAUAAGAAACCUUUCUUUUUGGUUUUGUGAAUUCUCUAUUUCUUUAUUUAGAAAGAGUAACAAAAUGAAAAAUCCAAUUAGGCAAUUAGAAGAUAUGUAUAACAGCAAGGAGUGGGAAGGACAGAAAGAGAAGUUUAUUUAGGGAAGAAUGAGUGAGAAAGAGGAUAAAUUUAGAUUUAUGUUGUGAUAAGUUGUGCGUGUUGGCAAUGCUUUUAUUCAUUUAAAGCUGCUUAAUAAACAGCAUACAAGAUGUACCAAGUAGGGCCAGAAAUUCAGACUCAUGUCCCUGCCAUCUAUCGUUAUCACAGAACAACAAUUUUCUAUUUGCAAUUAAGGGAACACUUUAGUACCAGGAAAACAAACUUGUUUUCCUGGCACUAUAUAGUCUUUAGGUCCCUCCCACCCUCAGGGCCCCCAUCCCGCUGGGCUGAAGGGGUUUAAACCCCUUUAGCCACUUAUCUUUAUCCAGCGCCGGGCUCCCUGGGCACUGGUGACCUCUCCUCCGCCGUCAGCUGCCAAGUGGAGCUGAAUGCGCAUCUGCGGCCAGAGCUGUGCGCGCAUUAAAAACGCCCAUAGGAAAGUAUUACUUAAUGUUUUCCUAUGGACGUUCUGUGUACUCAAUGCGAUUUUCGCAUUGAGCGUUGCGGAAGCGCCUCUAGCGGCUGUCAGGAAGACAGCCACUAAGGCUGGAUUAACCCUCAGUGAAACAUAGCAGUUUCUCUGAAACUGCUCAGUUUUCAGCUGCAGGGUUAAAACUAGAGGGACCUGGCACCCAGACCACUUCAUCGAGCUGAAGUGGUCUGGCUGCCUAUAGUGGUCCUUUAAAACACGCACAACUCACUAUUUCAAGAGUAAAAUCACUGACAUUUACACGUACACAGGUUAGGCCACGGCAGCCUUUUUUUGUAAUAAAAAUAUCUCCCCCGACAGACUCAGUCCAUUGCUGUCAGACACCUUCCAUCUGUGACUGAGUUUAUGACUAGUCAAUCCGUGGGGACCGGUGUGUAUUGAGAGGGACGGCAAACUCAGGAACCGCCCCAGGCAGGAAAAGCUCCGCCACUGGGCAGGUGGUUUUAAUGUUGCGGCUGAUCUGUGUAUUUUGUCUUCGCCCUAUAUGAAAAAAAUUAUAUUUUUCUGUUUGUCUGCAGGUGUGUGGGAUUGGGACUCCCCAUGACUGUGAUCGUGUGUUGUAUAUGAAUGGAGCUUGUUACAAACUCACCUCCAACCUGACUGUGUCUGCGCAGCUGCAACCAGGAUAUCGAGGUAAAUAAUGGUAAUGACGGUAACUGACAAUAAAUGAGUGUAAAUAACGGUAAAUGGUGAUAAAUAACGGUAACUGACAGUAAAUCACGGUAACUGACUAAAUGAUGGUAAAUAACAGUAAAUCACGGUCAAUAAUGGUAACUGACAGUAAAUAACGGUAAAUAAUGGUAACUGAGGGUAAAUAACGGCAAAUCACUGUUAAUAAUGGUAAGUUAGUGUAAAUAACGGUAACUGAGUGUAAAUGACGGCAAAUCACGGUAAAUAAUGGUAACGAGGGUCAAUAACGGUAACUGACUAAAUUACAGUAAGUAACAGUAAAUUGCGGGAAAAUAACGGUAACUGCCGGUAAAUAACGGUAACUGUGAAUAAAUAAUGGUAACUGAGGGUAAAUAAUGGUAACUGACAGUAAAUAACGGUAACUGUGAAUAAAUAAUGGUAACUGAGGGUAAAUAAUGGUAACUGUGAAUAAAUAAUGGUAACUGAGGGUAAAUAAUGGUAACUGACAGUAAAUAACGGUAACUGAUGGUAAAUCACAGUAACUGACAGUAAAUAACAGUAAAUUGCGAGAAAACAAGGGAAACUGACGGUAAAUAACGACAAUUGAAGAUAAAUAACGGUAAACAAUGGUAUUUGAUGGUAAAUCACUGUAACUGACGGUAAAUAACGGUAACUGACGGUAAAUAACGGUAACUGAGGGUCAAUAACGGUAAAUCACGGGCAAUAACGGUAACUGACGGUAAAUAACGGUAACUGACUGUAGCGGAUGGUAUUACGGCUGUCCCAAAAGACUGUGUUAAAAAUGCAAUUCGUGCGUUUAUUUUCCUGUAUAGCUAAAAGUGUAUGUAGUAUUCGUAUGAUUGUUCGGUAGUUUCCAUCCGUAUUCCAUACGAAUAAAAAAACUACCGAACCAGUAGACCACCCCAGAGAGAAGUGUGCACCUUAUUAGGCUUGCACACUUCUCUAACCACAAGUUAAUUGAUAUGAUCGGUACUUUGUGCAUGUUUCUGGGCAUCUAACGCACGAAAACCUCAGCGGUGUUUGGUCGUCGAGUGUCUGGAACUCAAAUCGGACACUCAAUUACCCGAACACCGCUGAGACCUCCAGAGCUCCGUAACUCCCGAACGGAAGGGCUAAUCAGCCCCUCGUUCGGUGAGUUAAAAUUACCGAACAAAGGUAUUCAUGCGAAUACAGUUUUAAUAGUGGAUGUCAUGUAUUUCUGUGUAUUUUACAUACCGAACGGAGACCGACCGCAGGGCCAAAACACAUGGAACCCUUUUCGGCUACCACCCGGUUAGUCUACCCUUGGGGGGGAGAUAUGUGGCAAACGCCCUGUGGUCUGGCCGUUUGCCACGAGCUCCUGGAGGAGCCUGCUUGCCAGCCUGCUACCUCAGGACUAUGGGCCCUGCAAUAUACCUUGCCCAAUGCACUUUGCAGGCUCCGUUCAUGUAAUUUAUGUACUUUUGUACUCCAGAAAGAGAGACCGACCGUUAGCCCUGAUUUCCUGGAACUGUUUUGGACAUAGGACCAUGUGCACGGUCGGUCAAAAUUAUGACUUCCAUAGAAAUCCCAACCCCUGAACCGACCUGGGUGAUUUUUGGAUAUGUUGGUCACCCAGAUUGGGGCUAUCGGGGGUUGUAACUUUUGUGGGGCUUUUUUUAAUGUGUUUUGGGGGUAUUUCCGGGGUUUUGUUAUAUUGCCUGUUUCUGUACUGAGAGAUAAUUAAAUUAUAUGUUUGUGUGCUAAGGUAAUUAUAUCUCAGGUACAGGGGAGGAGUAUGAUGGAUGUUUGCUUGUAUCUCGUCUCCUCUCAGGUCCAGGGGGAGGGAUUAUCAUGUUUUGUGUGGGCGUGUUUACGGUGUCCCUGUGUUGUACAAAAGCAGGCCAUUGAGCCUGGAUUAAACACAUUUGUUUUACCCCUUCAUGAAGUCUAGGCUCAUGUUUUGGGGGAUCGGAGAGCUCUAAUCCCUACUCUGCUGGAAGCAGGAGAGUUAUAAUCACUGUAGCACUUGGGGUUCGGGAGACUACUAACGGAUAUACUCAGCCGGACGGUAAAUAACGGUAACGACUAACUGACAGUAAAUAAUGGUAACAGACGGUAAAUAACAGUAACUGAGUAAAUGACGGUAAAUAACAGUAACUGACGUUAAAUAAAGGUAAAUGGCAGUAAAGAACGGUAGUAAAUAAUAAAGUAACUGACAGUAAAUAAUGGUAAAUAAUGGUAAGUGGAGGUAACUGAUGGUAAAUAACUGUAAAAUUACAGUUAAUAAUGGUAAAUGAUGGUAAUCAUGAUAAAUGAUAAUGAUAGUGAAUUAUGAUAAAUGAUGGUAAGAGAUGGUAAAUGGUGCUAAAUUAUAAUAAAUUGUGGUAAAUGAUAAUUAAUGAUAAAUUAUGAUAAAUGAUGAUAACAAGCUCCAGCUGCCUUUGUAACCAUGAAUUUACACCUUAAUAAACCAUAUAAUAACGUCAUCUUUUACCCAACUUCUCUGACUGCUUAUUAGUGACCCCAUAUCUCACCCACAGACUGCCAGAAAGCUGAUGUGGACCUUUGCUUUCUGGUUGAUGGUUCCUCUGGGAUGGGCGAAAGAGAGUUUGCAGCUAUCCGGGAAUUCAUGAUCAGCACCAUGAGAAGCCAUAAUUCAAGCAAUAUCAACGUGAGUGGAGGAAGAAAAGUGUGGGAGGGGGUGAAAGGAUCUGAAGAAGGAUGCUAUGUGUGGAGAGCUUGA